AGAAAAGUCCCAGUUCUCAGAAUCUCUCAUAUUCACUGCAAAAUUUCGGUUUCAUCGAAUGUCAUUCGCACCGGUAUUAAGAAAUUAUAUGUAAUAUCAUUGUCACACAAUCUCAACGCAAGAAAGACUUCAGCAAAUACUCGAAUUCAUUCGAUACCAAAACUCUCAUAGAAAAUCCGUAGCAAAGCAUAAAUAUGUUGAUCAAAGUGAAGACUCUGACUGGCAAAGAAAUUGAAAUUGAUAUCGAACCCACUGAUAAAGUGGAACGUAUUAAAGAGCGCGUUGAAGAGAAAGAAGGCAUUCCACCACAGCAGCAACGCUUGAUUUUCUCAGGGAAACAAAUGAAUGAUGAAAAAACAGCACAAGACUAUAAAGUACAGGGCGGUUCUGUUCUGCAUUUGGUGUUAGCCCUUAGAGGUGGGUGCAGCAGUGACACUGAUACAUUGUAAAGAGCUUAAACUUAUUUAAAUUAAUCUUCUUUUGGUAAUAUGAUAUCACACUUCUUUAAAGCAUUAUAUUUAAGUGCAUAUUGAGAGGAGUAUGCUGGCUGGAUAAUAUUCAAUAAACGGAACUUUUUGUA